CAGUCAGGUUGUCAUUCACAAAAUAGUGGAAGACAAGGUCGUAGAUGUAUCUCAAGAGGUCAGUCCUCUGGAUAUGGUCAAUGUAAGCCUCGCUCCUGUAGCCAAUCUUCUUGUCAUAGAAGAAGACAUGGAUCCCCUGCAUGUUGUCAACCACAGAACUGUUGCCAACCACAGUACUGUGGAAGACAACAGGGAAGAAGAUCAAGGCAGUCCUCUUGUGGUAGUCAAUAUGGGUCUUCUAACUGUGGUCAACAGGGAAGAAGAUCAAGGCAGUCCUCUUGUGGUAGUCAAUAUGGGUCCUCUACCUGUGGUCAACAGGGAAGAAGAUCAAGGCAGUCCUCUUGUGGUAGUCAAUAUGGGUCUGGAGCAAGUCAGUCUUCUAAUUGUGGUCAACACGGGUCUGGCUCAGGUCAGUCCUCAGGCUUUGGACAACAUGGGUCUGGCUCAGGUCAGUCCUCAGGCUUUGGACAACACGGGUCUGGCUCAGGUCAGUCCUCAGGCUUUGGACAACAUGGGUCUGGCUCAGGUCAGUCCUCAGGCUUUGGACAACACGGGUCUGGCUCAGGUCAGUCCUCAGGCUUUGGACAACAUGGAUCUGGCUCAGGUCAGUCCUCAGGCUCUGGAAAACAUGGGUCUGGCUCAGGUCAGUCCUCAGGCUUUGGACAACAUGGAUCUGGCUCAGGUCAGUCCUCAGGCUCUGGAAAACAUGGGUCUAGCACAGGUCAGUCCUCAGGCUUUGGACAACACGGGUCUGGCUCAGGUCAGUCCUCAGGCUUUGGACAACACGGGUCUGGCUCAGGUCAGUCCUCAGGCUUUGGACAACAAGGAUCUGGCUCAGGUCAGUCCUCAGGCUUUGAACAAUAUGGGUCUGGCUCAGGUCAGUCCUCAGGCUUUGGACAACACGGGUCUGGCUCAGGUCAGUCCUCAGGCUUUGGAAAACAUGGAUCUGGCUCAGGUCAGUCCUCAGGCUUUGGACAACAUGGAUCUGGCUCAGGUCAGUCCUCAGGCUUUGGACAACAUGGAUCUGGCUCAGGUCAGUCAUCUGGUUUUGAACAAUACGGGUCUGGCUCAGGUCAGUCCUCAGGCUUUGGAAAACAUGGGUCUAGCACAGGUCAGUCCUCAGGCUCUGGACAACAUGGAUCUGGCACAGGUCAGUCCUCAGGCUUUGGAAAACAUGGAUCUGGCUCAGGUCAGUCCUCAGGCUUUGGAAAACAUGGGUCUAGCACAGGUCAGUCAUCUGGCUCUGGACAACAUGGAUCUAGCUCAGCUCAGUCCUCAGGCUUUGGAAAACACGGGUCUGGCUCAGGUCAGUCCUCAGGCUUUGGAAAACACGGGUCUAGCACAGGUCAGUCCUCAGGCUUUGGAAAACAUGGGUCUAGCACAGGUCAGUCCUCAGGCUUUGGACAACAGGGGUCUAGCACAGGUCAGUCCUCAGGCUCUGGAAAACAUGGGUCUAGCUCAGCUCAGUCCUCAGGCUUUGGAAAACACGGGUCUAGCUCAGGUCAGUCCUCAGGCUUUGGAAAACACGGGUCUGGCUCAGGUCAGUCAUCUGGUUUUGAACAAUACGGGUCUAGCUCAGGUCAGUCUUCAGGCUUUGGAAAACAUGGAUCUGGCUCAGGUCAGUCUUCUGGCUUGGACCAGCAUGGGUCUAGAAGAGGUCAAUCCAGUUCAGCACAUCAUGGUGGAAGCAGGGGAGCUAGUCACAAGGAGUCCAGUGGCAGUGAAUGGCAUUCCGGAAGCUCACAGGGACACCCAGGGUCCAGUCAUGGCCAGGCUGGAUCUCAACAUGGAGAGUGGGGAUCCUCUGGUACAGGGAGACAGGGAACUACUCAUGGACAGUCAGGACACACCAGCAUACAUCAUGGCCAUUCAGCACAGUCAGGAUCUCACAGUGGUGGAAGAAGGGGAUCUAGUCACAGUGAGUCCAGUGACAGUGAAUGGCAUUCCGGAGGUUCACAGGGACACCCAGGGUCCAGUCAUGGCCAGGCUGGAUCUCAGCAUGGAGAGUGGGGAUCCUCUGGUACAGGGAGACAGGGAACUACUCAUGGACAGUCAGGACACACCAGCAUACAUCAUGGCCAUUCAGCACAGUCAGGAUCUCACAGUGGUGGAAGAAGGGGAUCUAGUCACAGUGAGUCCAGUGGCAGUGAAUGGCAUUCCGGAGGUUCACAGGGACACCCAGGGUCCAGUCGUGGCCAGGCUGGAUCUCAGCAUGGAGAGUCGGGAUCCUCUGGUACAGGGAGACAGGGAACUACUCAUGGACAGUCAGGACACCCCGGCAUACAUCAUGGCCAUUCCUCACAGUCAGGAUCUCACAGUGGUGGAAUCAGGGGAUCUAGUCACAGGGAGUCCAGUGGCAGUGAAUGGCAUUCCGGAGGCUCACAGGGACACCCAGGGUCCAGUCAUGGCCAGGCUUACUCAUGGACAGUCAGGACACCCCGGCAUACAUGGGCAGGCAGGUCAUGGCCAUUCCUCACAGUCAGGAUCUCACAGUGGUGGAAGAAGGGGAUCUAGUCACAGUGAGUCCAGUGGCAGUGAAUGGCAUUCCGGAGGCUCACAGGGACACCCAGGGUCCAGUCGUGGCCAGGCUGGAUCUCAGCAUGGAGAGUGGGGAUCCUCUGGUACAGGGAGACAGGGAACUACUCAUGGACAGUCAGGACACCCCGGCAUACAUGGGCAGGCAGGUCAUGGCCAUUCCUCACAGUCAGGAUCUCACAGUGGUGGAAUCAGGGGAUCUAGUCACAGGGAGUCCAGUGGCAGUGAAUUGCAUUCCGGAGGCUCACAGGGACACCCAGGGUCUAGUCAUGGCCAGGCUGGAUCUCAGCAUGGAGAGUGGGGAUCCUCUGGUACAGGGAGACAGGGAACUACUCAUGGACAGUCAGGACACCCCGGCAUACAUCAUGGCCAUUCCUCACAGUCAGGAUCUCACAGUGGUGGAAGAAGGGAAUCUAGUCACAGUGAGUCCAGUGGCAGUGAAUGGCAUUCCGGAGGCUCACAGGGACACCCUGGGUCUAGUCAUGGCCAGGCUGGAUCUCAGCAUGGAGAGUGGGGAUCCUCUGGUACAGGGAGACAAGGAACUACUCAUGGACAGUCAGGACAUCCCGGCAUACAUGGGCAGGCAGGUCAUGGCCAUUCCUCACAGUCAGGAUCUCACAGUGGUGGAAGAUGGGGAUCUAGUCACAGUGAGUCCAGUGACAGUGAAUGGCAUUCCGGAGGCUCACAGGGACACCCAGGGUCCAGUCAUGGCCAGGCUGGAUCUCAGCAUGGAGAGUGGGGAUCCUCUGGUACAGGGAGACAGGGAACUACUCAUGGACAGUCAGGACACCCCGGUAUACAUGGGCAGGCAGGUCAUGGCCAUUCCUCACAGUCAGGAUCUCACAGUGGUGGAAGAAGGGGAUCUAGUCACAGUGAGUCCAGUGGCAGUGAAUGGCAUUCCGGAGGCUCACAGGGACACCCAGGGUCCAGUCAUGGCCAGGCUCAUGGACAGUCAGGACACCCCGGCAUACAUGGGCAGGCAGGUCAUGGCCAUUCCUCACAGUCAGGAUCUCACAGUGGUGGAAUUAGGGGAUCUAGUCACAGUGAGUCCAGUGGCAGUGAAUGGCAUUCCGGAGGCUCACAGGGACACCCAGGGUCCAGUCAUGGCCAGGCUGGAUCUCAGCAUGGAGAGUGGGGAUCCUCUGGUACAGGGAGACAGGGAACUACUCAUGGACAGUCAGGACACCCUGGCAUACAUGGGCAAGGAGGUCAUGGCCAUUCCUCACAGUCAGGAUCUCACAGUGGUGGAAUCAGGGGAUCUAGUCACAGGGAGUCCAGUGGCAGUGAAUUGCAUUCUGGAGGCUCACAGGGACACCCAGGGUCCAGUCGUGGCCAGGCUGGAUCUCAGCAUGGAGAGUCGGGAUCCUCUGUCAGGAUCUCACAGUGGUGGAAUCAGGGGAUCUAG